UAGAAUAAGACGAAUAUAUUUUUUCUCAUUCUAACUUAUUGCACUAGUGCAGCAGUGCAGGAAUAAAAAACAAACCUAUUGUUAUACUGUGUCGUCUGUGUACCUGGAAAACAGCCAAUAUUAACAGUAAAGUUUCGAGGUUAGGUCGGGGACACAGGCACACACUUUCCGUAAGAUUCGAAGUAAAGUUUCAGAGAUAAAUAAUCUGAUUAUUUUUUUUAUCUCUAAAUUAGGAAAGAAUAAUUAAAUUUUGUGAUUUUUAAAUAAUAAAGUUUUUAUAAAGUCUUGUGCAAAAACAACGUACUUUUAAUGUAACGUAUAUAAAAAGCAGUAGUAAUUUUAAACUAGUAUUUAAAUUAGCAAAUUUUUGUUAAAAUAAUUAAAAAUAUUAUUUUAUUUCUUUUUCACGUCAAUGCUUAUGUACUUUUUCUUAGAUUACUAUUACAGGAACAAAAUGCUGCUUACAUAUACACCACUUUUUAUAAAUAUACAAAAAUACACAUUUUUUUUAUAAUUACUUUAUAAAAAUUUACUUAAGAACAGCUAAAUUUAAUUAGUCUUUAUUAAUUUAGAGAUAAUCAGAUUAUUUACUUAUCUUUAUUUAUGGCCUUUGAAUUUUAUGGAAUAUACCAAAACUUAAGCAUUACUUAUAUUUACAAUUUGAGUCUAUUAUAUUGCCUAUGUGCUCUGACCUUUACAAUAAGAUUUGCAUUGUAAAACCCACAUGACUAAGUUAUUAAUUUCUUUAUCAAAUUUCUUCUUACUAAAUAUAAUUGGACGAUAUGGAUCUCUAGAGACUAGACCAAUAAACAGAGAAGCAAGUUGUGAUUUAUGAUGCUGGCUAAGAUCAACUCUAAUUUAUAAAGCCAGGGCUAUAAAAAAAAAGGAAAAAAUAGACGUAGAAGAAAAGGAACAACCAUCUCAUUGUAUUUGAUUCAUUGUAUGAAUGAUAACAUUUAAAAAAGAUGAAAACAACUAAAUUAAAAAAUAAUCUUGAACUUCAUGAUGUAAUUGGUCCUCCUGAUCCAGUUUCGAACCUAAGACCUAUUGUAUUUGCAAGUUCUACAAAGGAAACAUAUUUAGAAAAGAUGCACAGGGACCUUAGGAAAGAAACGCAACAAUGGAACCAGAUAUUUUGGUCUAAACAUAAUAUUAGUUUCAUCGAGGAACGAAAACAAUUUCAACAGAUGUUAAAAGCACAAGGAAAAACAUUAACCGCAGAUGACAUGUCAAUAUUUUAUAAACAAUUUUUAGAUAAAAAUUGGGAAUCUCACUUCAAUUACAACAUUGCGUGGUAUAAACGAAAUUUAAAAAUUUUACUUUUUGGAAUAGCAGCAAAAAUAUCAAAGCUUAAAUUUAAAUAAAUUUAUAUAAUUACAUUAAUUGUGAAACAUUUAUGUAAACAUGUAUACAAAUGAUAUAAUGUUAAGAUUUAAAUAUUUAUAAAAAAGUUACAAUUUCUUUCCUUAUUGUAAUCCAAAAUACUUAUCAAGGAUAUGUCACAUCUCAAAACAUUAUAAAAAAUGUAUAUAUAAAAAUUUCAUAAAUUAUUUUAUCAAUACACUUAAAUAUAUGUAAGAUUUGAGAAUUUUACAUUGGUUUAAGUGGUUUUUUAAUGUAAAAUUAGGUUCUUUAAUAAUUGUUUGCAAGUUUGAUUAGAAUUAGAAGAAAAUAUAUGACACACACGUUAUAACUGACAAAAUUUCUUGUAGUUUUCAAAUUUUAGGCCCAGUUUAAUAUUGCAUUACUACUUUCUGAUCUAUGUAAUCUGGACUAUAUUUCGACAGAUACAUUGUCAUUUAAAAAUCUAUAGCUUAUAUGCAUCAUAUAUUUUCAGUAUUGACAGUGAAUUUCCAAAUGCAACUUUGUUAUUAACAUUUGAAAAAUGUUCCUGUUAGAAUAAAUGAUAAUUUAAAGAUUGA